AUGGUCGUCGCACGAGGAGCUUCGUCGUUCCGUAACACCGCCAAGAUCUGGUAUGAGCCCGCGGCCAUCCCCAUCUGUGCGUUUCUCAAUCCCUCGUCGCUUCAUGGCCGGGCAGUCACGUGGACCUGACCUAGGCGAUUUGAGGCUGGCCGUGGUGGACGUCAGGAGAUGCGCCUCCCACUUGGGGAAGGGGGACGGUCAUUCCCGUAGUGGCGGAGCGGGAUGACAUGGCGUGAGGAGGCCGUAUACUGACCACCUUGUGUUUCAAAUCUUUAUAGACGGCGUUGUUGCUGUGGCUUGCGCCGGUGCCGGAUGGUGUGAGUGGACCCCUCUCACACAGCACAGGCCGAAUGCCGCCUCGGACCAGAUCGCUGAUCUCACACCAACUACCCAUCUUGCCCUCCCAUCCAGACCUUACCCACUUGAUGCGUCGUGAGUUCAUCAUGCUUCCUUUGGCGCUUGAUCCAAUGUCGACGAUGCUCAUGCGUUCCCGUGCUCUUCUCAAGACCCCGACGUGGUCUGGGACAAGCGAGGCAACCCCGAGCCCUGGAACUCGGUCAAGCCGGACCAGAACACCAAGCUGCACGCCGUCAACCAGAAGUGAGUACAAAGAUUCCCAGUCUUUCUUUCGACAGUUCAAUCGAUCGCUUCGCACCCAGCCGACGAGCUGACUGUCCUUUCUCAACACGCAAACCUUGCUUCACUCCGAAUCGGUCUCUUCCUACAGGUUCGAGGGUGGUUCGUGGAAGCGUGACCGAAUCUAA